AUGGAGGAGGAUUACGAGGUGGAGAAGGAUCCAGAGAUAAUGGGAUAUUCAGAAAUGAUGACUGGAAAAUUGAGUGAAGUAAUCAGAUUGCAGAACGUAGCUCAGAUAUUACAGCACUCGAGAUUGUAUGAAAACGCAGAAAAAUGGUUUUUGCGAGUGAUACGGGCAAGAAAACACCUAUAA